ACAUAUUCGAUGCCAGCAUGGUCCUGCUCAACAAAUCUGCCAAUCAUCAAAUAAGAGGUUUCACUUUGGCUACUAUAGCAUGGAUAAUGUGCAGUACCUCUAUGGCCCUUCCGGAAUGGCGAAUUUGGUACUUGAACAACCCUAUGUUUUCCUACCCAAGUCUGGCUUUUGUGGGUAUGUGGGGGGCCUGCAUCUGCCACCACAGCCACAACUCCAGCAACCUGAGCGAUUGCCAUUACUACACCUACCAUAACAACCUUGUUCCUUUGGAUAUCUGGUUAUCUCAACAUCUGCUCCUGGUUGCAAAUGUUAUUGGUCUGAUUGGGACAGGUUGUGCUGUCUUUGCUCUACAGCAGUUAUACACGGAGAAGCUGCAGAAGAAUAAUGACUACAACCCACUUGUUCUUUCAGCUGUUCUCAAUGCUGUUGCUAGCACCUGUAUUUUUCUUGCUGUUAUAUGUAAUUACCUCUCUGUGCCCAGCAAGGAAGGGGUAACUUUCCUGCCAUCUUUCCAAUUGCAAAUUUUUCCAAAUGCACAAAGAGCAGGCAGAUCCAUGGGAAUGGCAUGCAUAUCUGCUAUGUUGUUUUUAUUAAGUGCUAUAAUUUUUAUUUCUUACUGUCCUUCAAUGGAAAUCAAAAUGUUUCCCAUUGUCUGAAAAUAAAUUUACAGCAUACAUAA